AAAGAAAGGAAAAGUAAAGAGGAGAGCAGAAAAGAAGCGACCGCUAUUCCCAGUGACUUGGCUUGGCUCUUGACCGUGUUGGCCUUAAGGUAUUUUGGGCACGCGUCAUCACUAAAGAAGCCCAUGUUUCACUAACGUUUCUGCCACGCGGCUCCGUACACUUUUGCUCUGCCAGUCUCUUUCUUCUUUUUUGUUUCUCUGUCACCGCCACUUGACUCAACAAAGAAAUCCAAAGCUACACAGCCAUGGAUGAAGAGUUCUCUGUAGACGAUCCGACUCACUUGCUGGACUCAGCUUCUGAGUUCGCUCAUCACCCUGGUGUUCAAAACGACGCCACCACAAAAGAUUUUCUUGACCGUUUCCCUCUCCCUGUCAUCAUCAGUGCUUUGCAAACCAAAGCUGAUGUGCCUGGCCUGGAAAAUACUCUGGCUGAUUGUUUGGAAAGGGUUUUUAAGACCAAGUAUGGUGGCUCACUCAUUCCACAAUACAUGCCGUUCCUUCAAGUUGGCCUUAAGGCAGAUUCUCAAAUGGUUCGUUGUUUGGCAUGCAAAACGGUUUCAUCCUUUUUAGAGAACUUUGAUGACAAAUCUAUAUCUGCCAUACAGCUGAUUAUUGACUAUGAUCUAUAUCCACUCUUACUGGACUGCCUAAUUUAUGGCAAUGAACAAGUUGCAACUGCUGCAAUUGAUGCAAUCAAGAACUUAGCUCGGUUUCCUGAAGGCAUGAGCAUCAUCUUUCCAGCUAACAUAAAUGAAGUUGCGCAUCUUGGGAACUUAGCAUCACGAUGUUCAUCAUUGGGACGUGCACGGGUUUUAUCAUUGAUAGUGAAGUUAUUCUCUAUUUCCAGCUCUGUAGCUUCAGUAAUAUACAAUUCAAAUUUGCUCAGUUUAUUGGAGGCAGAAAUCAGGAAUUCAAAUGAUACCCUUGUAACCCUAAGUUCUUUGGAGCUCUUGUAUGAGUUGACUGAGAUCCAGCAUGGUACAGAGUUCUUGUCUAGGACCACCCUUCAAUUACUUCAUUCUAUAAUCAGCAACUCAUCAAUGGAAGGAAUUCUAAGAUCAAGAGCAAUGAUGAUAAGUGGAAGGCUUUUAUCCAAGGAGAACAUAUACAUGUUUGUUGAUGAACUGAGUGCCAAAGGUGUGAUUUCAGCCAUUGAUGUGAGACUUGGCCUAUUGGACAGUCAAGAUAAAGAUGAAUGUGAAUCUGCACUUGAAGCCCUUGGACAAAUAGGAUCGUCAAUCCAAGGAGCUGUGUUACUACUGUCAAGUUUUCCGCCUGCUGCAAGGCAUAUAGUUCAUGCUGCAUUUGAUCGGCAAGGACGUUGUAAACAGCUGGCUGCAUUACAUGCAUUGGCGAAUGUCACGGGAGAAAACCGGCCUGAGGAUAGUGUUAUCUUAAGCGGUGAUGCAGAAGAAAGCCUUCGACGUUUGAUCUAUGAAGUAGCAUCAGAAAGUUCAAAGCUGACACCAUCUGGUCUUUUCCUAUCAGUUCUUCAACAGGCUGCAGAAUUUCGUCUGGCAGGGCACAGAGUGAUAACAGGGUUAGUAGCUCGAGCUUGGUGCCUGAUGGAGAUUUGCUCAAAACAGGAGAUAAUAAACAUGGUGACUGAUCCAGCUACUGAAACUACAAAAAUAGGUAUGGAGGCUAGAUAUAAAUGUUGCAAGGCAAUCCACAGAGCAUUCAUGUCAAGUAAACUUGUUAGCGACCCUGCGCUUUCUGGUAUAGCUGGGAAGUUGCAAGAAGCUGUUCAAAGAGGUCCAUAUCUGACAAGAAAACAUACUGAAGCAGCUCCGGUAGUAAUGACAGCUGAAAGAUUUUAAGGUUCUUGCAAGCACAUUGGGUUUACAUCAUGGGGCUUCUUAUAGACAAAAGCCUUUGUCAUCUUUGAGAUAAUCACUGUUUCUUUACGUGAAAAAGAACUUGUAAAUUUUACCAAACUGCUUGCACUUAAUAAUUUACUAUGUUCCAUGAGAUAUAUCAGAAUAUGUGAAAAGAGUUUUCAAAACCUCACA